AUGCCUAUGCAAGAGACACCCGAAUGGGGAAUCGAGGUUCACGGGCCAACAGACAACCUCUUCCGCAUCACCGUGGUGGCCCUGGAGUUUGCUCAACGCGAGCAGCAGGGCUUUGGACAUCGCUUCCUCUGGUACGCAAAUAUCAGUUUCAGGUUGGAUGGACUGUUCUACGUGAUCGCUCAGCUACAAGAGCGCGUGUCCGGCUCACUGGCUUAUAGAGCAUGGGCGUGCAUCGAGAAGGCAUAUGGAUACCACCAGGAUCUAUCGGAUCUGGACGAUAAGGAGACUAUGACCCUGGGCAAUCUAGUAAUUGUUGCUUGGGAUGCGCGGCAGGCACACUUUGUCAGCGGAAGGAUACCCUUGCCGGAACCGCACUUUGUCACGACUUUACGGGAAACGGUGAUGAUGAUGAAGGUGUAG